AUGUCAACUGGUUUCUUUGGAAGUUUGCAUGAUAUACGUAUUUUGUCUGAGUAUGUGGAGUACAAGGCUACAAACUAUAUUAUUCUAAUCAAAAAGAAGCCAAGGAACAGUGAACUCUUGUUAGCAGAUCAAGAGUUCAACACAAAGAUUUCAAGUGUGCAAAAGACAGGAUACUCAGAGAAGUCUGGUGUAAUAAAUGGAUCCCAGAAUAUAGAUGGAAAUACAAGUUUUCUCCUCAGACUAGUCAAAUAUUUUUGCCAUAAGGAUGACUUCUUUUGCCCAAUGUUUGCAUUGAAGCUCUUUUUACAGCUUCUCCUUCUGGUUCUUGAGCUCUUCUUUGUACUUUGA